GACUGGGUAAAACUCGUCAGCACAGACGGAUUUAGCUUCCUUGUACAGCGCAAGGUGGCAAUGGGGAGCGGAACUUUGAGGAACAUGUUGAAUGCGGAAAGCAGCUUCGCCGAGGCCGUGUCAAACACAUGUGCAAUCAAUGAGAGAGGCAUCGUGGUUGAGAAACUUUGCGAAUACCUCGCAUACAAAUCCCUCUACGAAAAUGCGCCACAGAAAGAGAUCCCUGAUUUUACUGAGCGCCUCAUGCCGGAGAUCGUGCUCGAGCUGUGA